AUGAGACCCUUAACACCUUUGGUCUUUCUAGCAGGCCUGCCUGCAGCACUUUCCCUACCGACAACAUCAGCAUCAAACGGCAAUCUUGAUAUCCCCAACGAUAUGAUCCGCCGUGAUUCAACCACGCCUGAUGGGAAGAGUAUAACUCUCCUCCUCCACAACUCCCUCACCUCAAGAUCGGGCCUCACCCGCCGCGUCAACUACCCAGGCGCUCAACCCAACGCCUUCAUGGGAAACCAAUGUGGUGACAGCACUUUCGAUUCAACUGCCAAUGCAGAUUUCCCAGCGAUACAGGACUGCAGUGACCUCGCGACUGGUCUCGAUGGUAUGGAUCGCCACUGGGCACUAAGCAACGGCGGUGGCGCGGGUGUUCCAGAGUGGCAGGACCUGGUCUCAAAUGGAAACUGCCAUUUCUAUGUCAACAGAAAGAAUUUUCCUGAUAUUACCGUGGAUGGCCGCGUCCUGGUGGGCACGCAAGAUAUUGCAGACAUCGUGCGGGAUGUAGUCAGUCGCUACUCGUCCUAUAGUACGGUCUCUUGGGGAGGUGGAUCGAUACAGGUCUCACACAUAAUUCCUGCCCACGGAAGCAUGUACUGCCAGCCCUAUGUGCCACAAGAAGUCCCGUGGAGAGUUCAGGCCAAUCAACCAUAG